UCUACCUAACCCCGCCCCCCGAAUACAGCCCCAACCUAACCCCCGCCCUCGACCUCCUCUCCAAACACGGCUCCCGCCUGCCCGCAACAUCCACGCUCUCCCUCGUGCCGGACAGCCUACCCGUCGGGCAGCUGGAGUCGUACUUCCGCGGGCGCAUGCGCAGCGCCAACAGCGCCGUCAACGAGACGCGCGUGCUGGCCGGCCUGCGCAAGACGGCCCUCUUCGCGAGCCAGUCGCUGCUCUUCCUGGGCGAUGGCAUUCCCGGUGGUGGUGGGCAGGGCGGGCGCAACAGGCGGGUGGUGAUCGCCGAGGAGCGCGUGUGCGGCGUGUGUCAUAAGCGGAUUGGGGGCAGUGUGGUGGCGGUUUUGCCGGAUAGUGUGGUGGUGCAUUAUGGUUGUUUGGGGAGGUCGGCUGCGGCGGGUGCUGGGGGUGCGAGUGUGAGUGUGAAUGGGUCGGCGUCGAGGGCGCUGUCGCCGGCGGGGGAGAGUAUCCGGUCUGGGUAUGGGCAGUGGGGGAGGGCCGGGGGGUGAUGGGUUGUGAUUUUCCUUUUUAUGGUAUCGGCAGGCCGGGCUCCCCCUGAUCGUUUUUUAUUAGGUUUGGUCGUUGGCAGGUGGUUGUAGUGUAGGUAGA